AUGAAUAACCGACAAGGACUUACGGACAAAAUAAGGGAAUGGUACAACUGGCUAACCACCCACGUACCGUCAUCCAUAAGGAAAGGUGUAUCCAACGCCUUCAACACAAUGAGGAAGAAGGUAGUAAAACUCUACAACAACAGCAAAGAGGAAGAAGACCAAUGGCAUGACGCAAUAAAGCACCAGAAAACGGAAGACGAGGACGAACAGUGGUACGACACUAACCCGGAAGAGAAGCUAACACCCAUUCUAACCAAGCAUGGUAUUAAGAAGAAGGUAAAAACGUACGUCAUCAAUCCUAACAGUGCGUACGACCCGGCUUACUUUCUGACCAUCACAAAAGACGAGGUCACAACGCUGAUAAAUUCCGAAACGGAACCAAAAAAUGUAAGCAUAUCCCUAGCAUGCGAAAUUGUAAGAAAUGAUCCAAAAACUGGGGAGGAAGUAUCAACCGUCGCCCACUUCAGGUCAAAAACCCACAAACUUAUCGGUAUAGAUGACGCAGAAGAGGUUCUCUCCAUCAUGAAGGAAAAAAUGCUGAAGUCCUUUUCAGAGUACCAAAAGCGUGGUAGUGGGUGGACGAUCGGAAGGGUAGAUUUACUCGAAAUCCGUAUCGGAGAAUUCCGACCACUUAGGGGAAAAAGACACGAACCCCUACCUGAGUCAAUCAAAAGAAGGAAAGCGAUCGUCAAUAUGAAGAUCAAUGACGAUAAGUGUUUUAAGUGGGCUGUGACUCGCGCGUUGAAUCCUAUUAACAUCCAUCCCGAAAGAAUUUCAAAGGAACUCGAAGAACAGUCCAAAAAGCUAAAAUGGGAAGGAACAGAGUUCCCAACACUCCUAAGUAAUAUAAAAAAAUUCGAAGAAAAUAACAACAUCGGUGUAAACGUAUUCAGUGCCGAUGAGAGUCUAAAGGUGUACCCGUUAAGACUAACCAAGCAGUCCAACCCUAUAAACGUAUUCCUAUGGAAGAACCACUACAGUGUUAUCAAGGACCUAUCCAGACUCGUAAGCGCACAGAUUAGUGAGGGAAAGCGCAGAAAGUACAUCUGCAACGUAACCGUUGCCUCAACGCAUUUGGUUUGGAUGAGCUUCUAGAAAAGCAUCUGGCCGGAGUUAUGUUCGGACAAUGAUUAUCAGAGGAAUGAUUAUCAGAGGCUUGAGUAUCCGGAACCCGGUAGUACCAUCAAGUUCGAAAAUUAUGAGAAAACACAACCCGUUCCGUUCGCCAUCUAUGCGGAUUUUGAGUGCUACAUUGAAGGGUUGGACACAGUGGAACAAAACCUCAACAAGUCAAGCACCGUCCAAUAUCAGAAGCAUGACCCCAGCGAUUUUACUACUACAGGGUGUAUCAAAAUAAACGCAAUUCAUCUUUUGUGCUUAAUAACUUUCGAAAUACUAUUUCUAGUUAAACGCUUUUAGGCUUACUUCAAAGCCUGUUCUUUUCUCUUUCAAACAAACUAUUAUCCUUGUCUCCAAUGCUAGUAAUAAUUGCACAGGAAAAGAUUUAGUAAAACCUAUCAUUUUUAGUUGCCGUUUAAUUAUGCAAGUUUACUAUGUUAUUGUUUAGUCAGUUCAAAUGUUAGAAUUUUCUUCUUUAAACUUUCAUGUUGUCGUCACUACAUCUGGAAAACCACGUAAGAACAAAUUAGAAGUAUUUUAAAAGAGAUCAGGUUGUUUGAAAAUCCUAAACGAAUGCUAAAAAUCGUCAAAACAUUCUGGUGUCUGAGCCAGAGUGUCAUCGAUUUGCGAUGUAAUGUAAACAGAAAUUAUAGCAAGUUGAUGUCAGUCAGCGGUGAAAAUAGUGGAAGAAAAGUCGUAAUUAUACUUAUUGUUACAAUCCAUUUAAUAAAAUGCAACAUUUUUUGUGUUAAUGAAAAAAUCAGUUAUUUUCAUGAGAACGAUUUGUUAUUCCAUCUCAAUUUUUUUAAUCUCCAAUCGCAAUAACGUAAAGUAUUAUUACCCGCGAACCAAUGAGUCAAAUUUAAGAAACAACCCACUGUUAGAAAGCUGAAUGGCUACGCUUUAAAAUGAAUGUAAACUUUAACGUUUUCGUCCAUUAUUUGUUUAGCAAUUUACAUUUCAGUCGAGGAUUGCGCUUUUUUUUAUACACCCUGUAGUACUAUGUUAAGUGUUUCGACAAUUCCAUCUACAAACCCAAGCUGGUACACUACUAUACCCAGCAACAUGAGGGAGAAGACGUUACCAAAAAGUUUGUAGACCUUCUUGAGGAGGAGAUUCGAAACAUAUACUAUAAGUUUAAAACCGCAGAACCCAUCAAGAUGUCUUCCAAAGACAUCGAAGACUAUAAGAACGCAACCAAAUGUUAUGCCUACAACGGAGAAUUCACUCCGGAAAACCAUAGGGUAAAAGACCAUUGUCACUACACCGGGGUAUAUAGAGAUGCGACACACAACACAUGUAAUCUGAGGAUGAAACAACCAAAGUUCAUUCCGGUACUCUUCCACAACCUCGAAGGGUACGAUGCCCAUCUAUUCAUCAGAAACCUUGGGGUAAACAGCGGUGAUAUUAAAUGUAUCCCUAAAACGGAAGAGAAGUACAUCUCUUUUACCAAAGAAAUAGAGGUUGACGAGUUUAGGGGUAAGGAUGGUAAGAAAAAGAAGGUCAAAAGGGAGCUAAGGUUCCUGGACUCGUUUAAGUUUAUGGCAAGCUCCCUGGACAAGGUUGUCAAGGGUUUGGGAAAGGAUGACUUUAGGAAUUUGGACCUAAUGUCAACAUGUUUCACCAAAGAACAAAAGGAGCUGCUCAAACAGAAGGGUGUUUACCCCUAUGAAUACAUGGAUGGUUUCGACAAAGUCGGAAAAGCGUCACUUCCACCGAAAAGCAAAUUCUUUAGCAAGCUGAACAAUGCAGAUAUCAGUGAUGCGGACUACAGAAGAGCCCAAACCGUGUGGAGUACCUUCAACAUGCAAACCAUGAGGGACUACUAA